UGAGAGUCAGUGCAGUUGGAAAAAGCAUUCAGUGCUCUCUCUCUCUCCUCUGCCCCGGGACACACACUCUCUCUCUCCGUGCUUUGGAUCUUCCUCCCUCCCUCCCUCCCUGCAUUCCCCGCAGAUCGAUCCGCCCCCGUCGCGCCGCAAUUGGGCUCCAGAAUUGCCUCCCCGAUCCGCGCGGCCGCCGUCCUGGAUCGCCCCGGCGCCCAUUGCGGUCGGAUCCGAGCAGCAGCAGAUCAGCAGGGAGAGAUCAGGCCAGUGGAGCAGCAUGAUGAUGGGGACUGAAGUAUGUUCUUCACGGAUGCUGUCUCUGCCUCGGUAUGAGAGUGGUGACGAGGAGCUCUCGGUGCUUCCCAGGCAUACCAAGGUAGUCGUCACCGGUAACAACCGAACAAAGUCUGUGUUGGUCGGCCUUCAAGGUGUUGUCAAGAAGGCUGUUGGUCUUGGAGGCUGGCACUGGCUGGUUCUAAAGAAUGGUGUAGAGGUGAAGUUGCAGAGGAAUGCUUUGAGUGUCUUGGAAGCUCCAACUGGUAAUGAAGAUGAUGACGAAAUUGAAGGCAAUAAUUCGUUCUGCAGCAGCUUUGACAUGGGGGACAAAGACAUGGACUAUUCAAGCAUAGAGUACCAGAAACCAACAAAGCCAAGGGUUCGGCACACAAGACCAUGGUCUUCCUGUACAACAUCCAGCAGCCGAGGCAAUUUCCAGUCAAGUUCGAAGCUGCGAGCGAGAGUAAAUCUGACAAAGCUUGGCACACCCACACUGUGGAGAUACUGGAAGCACUUCAACCUUGUAGGCAUGAACCCCAAUCCAUCAGAGGAACAGCUGUUCCAUGGGGUUCAACAGCAUUUCCAGUCCCAGCAAUUGGAUGAGUUGCAGGUCAUCCUGGGGUUUAUUCAGACAGCAAAGAGGCUCAAGACCCUGUACAACUCCUAGCCUGCCUGCCUGCUUGGUGUUUAGUAGAGAGAGAGAUCUCAAGAGCUUAGAUGCAUGUGCUUAUUAUAAGUUAAUCUAGUGAUCUUGAGAAGUGAACAGAAAGAAUUUAGUGGUGCUUUUGUGAUCAGUAAAUUCUUCGGUCUUCUUACCUGUAAUGAGCUGCUGCUAUGUAACCCCCCCUCCCUUCCUCUCCUUGUUGUCACAGACUCGUCACAGUGCCAACUGAACUGACUACCAAUCUCAGUUAUUUGGAGAUAAUAUAAUGUGAAGCUAUGGAUGGAUAAUUAUUGGUCAACAAA